CUAUCAGUCACAGCUCCACCUGCCGCUUCCCUCCUCCGGCGCCGCUAGCCGCCUUCCACCAGCCUAUUCCGCCGUCCGCCGCAAUAUCAAUUCUAAGCUCGAGAGUAAUUUAGGUUUCGCAGAAUCAUGGGAAGAAGAAUUCUAAACGAUGCGUUGAGAACCAUUGUCAAUGCUGAAAAGAGGGGAUUUGCUUCCGCUGAGCUUAAGCCCAUCUCUAAUGUCGUUGCCUCUUUCCUCCAAAUCAUGAAAUACAGAGGGUACAUUAAGGAUUUUGAAGUUCAUGAUCCACAUAGGGUGGGGAAGAUAACCGUGCAGCUGCAGGGGAGGGUGAAUGAUUGUCGGGCUCUCACUUAUCGACAAGACAUCAAGGCUCAGUACAUUGAGAGCUAUAAAACUCGAAUGCUUCCUACGCGCCAGUGGGGCUAUGUAGUGGUCACAACACCAAACGGAGUUCUAGAUCACGAGGAGGCUAUUCGACAAAAUGUUGGUGGCCAAGUUGUCGGAUACUUUUACUGAUGGUGCUUGAACGGGUAUACUUGGCUUCUAGGUAAGAAAGAACUUAAAGAACUAUGUGAAGCUCUGUUUUUUUGGGCAUCUCAAUCCGAAUCCCAAUGUAGAUGAGGCAUUUCCCUUUCUGACAAAAAUAACACAUUUAAUCACUCUUCAUUUAUUUCUCUUCUACUUUACUCCCUCUCUAAUUAUCUAGUUUA